UUACAAGGUUCGAACAGAUCGUGCGGACUUCUAGGGCAGAUUGCUGCAACAAGUAGAUACCAAACAACCAGAGAAAUAUUGUCUAUUCUAAUGUUUGAACUUGAAGAUUAGCAAUCAACGCGAAAUGGACGUGGUUGCAUUCGGUGAGGAAUCAUAAUGAAACAGAAAUUUAACUUGAAUUAAAUAAAUCAAACACGGCGCGGUAUUGCUUUUCAGUGUUUAACAGCCCCUGAGCCGAAAGGCUAAACUAAAGUGGUUGGCGUGUAUCUAGCUAGAGAGACUCACAGUAAAUAGAACCGCGAUGCCACUGAUAGGGCUUUUAUUUAUUUUUCCUGCCUACCUCGAAUGGUCGGCAUCGAUAGAUGUGCACCUGAAACCGAAAAUCCCUUCCACUUUGAUUACAUUUGUGGUGUUGCGUGUGUCGCUGACGCACUUGCGCUGGUGUCAUAGUUGAAUCCCACUGCGAUAGGCAAAUCUCCCUCACCUCUUACAUCUAUCCAUCCACUCUACCUGCUGCCUCACGUGAUUGUGGCAAUGGGGAUUUUGUCUUGUGGGCCCUCCACGCUUGCAUGCUGCCCGCAAAUGCCCACCCGCCUUUUCGAUUUUAUGCCAAGAAGACGAUGUUGCUGCUGCUGCCGCUGAACAAACACAUGCACACCGGCAGUGCGCACACACGAUCACCGCGAAGACGUUUGACACGACAAUUACGAUGCCGAGAGUGAAGGACUGCACUUUUUUCCCAUAGCCACUCUUCAUUAACGCUCGUGCCUCUGUAGCGUGCGCUCGAACCGUGCACCGAACGGAAGCGUACGAUCUCGCGUCGUCGCGCACCAGGCUUUAGGUGGGUAGUAGUAGCUGUUGCUCAGAUAGUCGAAGUGGUCGCAGUUUUAGAAACACACGAACCGCUCUCGUGGUAGCAUCAAACUUCCCAAGCGCAUUGGGUUUUACCAUCAGUUGAGCCAGAGACUUCGUCCGAGGCUGAUCUCUGUGUGAUCUUAGGCUUUUUGUGAUUUUGUGUGUGGGAAUUACUUAAGUGAUCUCGCGCUAUUUGAUUUUGAUCACCACCACUUAAGUUUGUUAAAUCUGUGAAAGUUGAAAAAAAAAUAAUCCAGGACAAGUGUGUGGGAAAGGAUUUUAAACAGAAAAAACAAGAAUCGACUAGAAAAAAUAUUUUUGCUCAAAAUUGAUCCUCAAAGUGAGGAAGAGCAUUUAGGUGUGCAUAAGGUAGAAGAAGCAGCAAGUGUGACAAUGGUGACGGGAAUUGGAAGUGUGUCAGGGGCACAGGGAGCCCAAGGAAGUAUUAUAAAUAGUGUUGCAAUCCCAUCGGUGCAUCCAGCGGAGCCAACAAAGCGACCAAGUGACAAUAGACGGAGCAAUAAACCCAUCAUGGAGAAGAGGCGGCGGGCGAGGAUCAACAAUUGCUUGAAUGAACUCAAGACACUGAUUUUGGAUGCCACCAAGAAAGAUCCCGCUAGGCAUUCAAAGCUAGAAAAGGCAGAUAUCCUGGAGAAGACUGUAAAGCACCUUCAGGAGCUUCAGCGACAGCAAAUGAUCCUCUCGCAGGCAACAGAUCCCAGUGUUCUCAAUAAAUUCAAAGCUGGCUUCACAGAAUGUGCCAAUGAAGUCCGCCGUUUUCCAGAUAUUGAAGUUGGGGUCAAAAGGCGUCUCUUGCAGCAUCUCAGUCUCUGCAUUAAUGGUGCAAAAACGGACUCAGAAGCCCCCGCGUUAGCAAGUCAAAAUACAACUGUUCAAGUACACAUUCUCCCUUCACCACCAAGUAGUCCUGAACAGGAAGCACCCCAGCAUCAUGUGACGAUGACUUCAAAUGGGUACUUCCUGGUCAAUGGGUCAGGUAGUGGGAUUCAGCUGAUCCCCACAAAGUUGGCAAAUGGGAAUAUUGCCUUUAUGCUACCGCAAACAAUGCCAUCGAAUCCCGUACCCAUGCUCAUUCCUAUCCCAACACGGACGGCAUCCACGUCAUCAGCUGCCUCAAAUACGUCCUCAAAUGGCAUUUCGAGGGACAGCAUGACCUCCCCCACCUACUACGCACCUCUCUCACCGGCCAAUAGCUACGACGCUCAGGACGUCAAGCCACCCCUACUCACCCCCAUGACGUCAAGAUCACCCGAAGCAGGUCCCGCCAGUCCGGCACCCCUGGCACUGGAUAUGCGUAAAAGCUGCGACAGCCCACCGGAAGACGACAAACUCUGGCGGCCGUGGUGAUGUCGCGAGUGUGGGUGAGCGAGGCCUCCCGAGACGUGCCAGGAGGCGUCUCUAUAUUUAUUGAGUGUCGGGCGGCAAGCGGCUAUAAAUUACCCGCGCGCAAAAAAUGUGGCAGCCCGAUCGAAAAUAUCAACUGGGUUCAAUGAGAUCUCUCUCUCUCCCACCUCGCGGGAUUCCACAUGAUCGUGGCGAUCGCAGAUCUAUUUGCAGACGCGCCAUUUCCCACGUUUUCCCGUGUGGGGCAGAGGGCAGGCACUGCCAAGUGCCAGGGAGCACCAUACACCACAUCCGGAUGGACAAAUGUGAGUGAAGCAUGAAUUUGGUUAGAAUUUAUUGAAUUUAUUGAGCAGUAAAAAUAAAUUUUAAAAGAAUAUUUUAAUUUUUUUUAACUGAGAAAAUUAGUUGAGGGGAAAGUAAUACGGAGUUGUUCACUGAAGCGAAAAAUGCCUCUUUCAAUCUAAAUCACUGAGAGAAAUAUAUUUUUUUGUAUCUUAGAUGAGUCAUUGUUAUAAUUGUUAUAAACUGUUAUAAAUUGUAUUUAGGACAGAUCACUACGUUCUAGUGGUAAUACUGUACUAUACCUUUAAAAGAAUAUAUCUUAUUUAAUAGAAAGUAAAUUUGUAUAACAAUGUAUAACAGUUCUGAAUAACAAUUAUAGAAUUUUUCGGCCAAAAAAAAAAUGAUAAAAUAUUUAUAUUGCACAAAAUGUACAAAAUCACAUGUUUGAUGUUCUAAAAUUCAUUUAUAACAGAUUCCAAAUGAAUUAUAAAACUCUUUAAUUUAUUUUUUCUCUCAGUGUCUCAAUUUAAAUUUAAUCUUCCCGUCAUAAUUUACGUAUAAAAUACCUAAUUGGCUAUCACACCAAAAAAAUGUCCAUUAAAGAAUUUCAAUCCUCUGGAUUAUUGCGAGCAAUCACAUCCACUUUUGGGGGACAUGUCGGACAAAAGGCGGGGUAGGAAAAAAAAUCGCUGAAAUUCUUGCAAGACCCAGUCCCCCGAUGAUUGAUAUUCAAUACCCUGAGUGAGGAUCACGCGCGUGUUUCUCGUGCAUACUUAAUGAAUAAACAAUUUCCGUAUGUGCAAACGUGAGGCAAAAAUUUAUUCACCUCCCCGAUGAAUAAUAAAGCUUCGGACAGUCUCUUUUGGAUUUUACGUGGUGUGGCGUCUUUGUUGUCGCUGACUGCCAAAAAAUGCACACACGCGAAGUUUGCGAGAGAAAAAGCAAAAAAAAAAACGGCGACAGAAAAAAGCCGUGAAAAAGGCGAAAAAAAAGCUCAAGACCUUUGAGGCUCUUGGCCGGAAAAAGAGAAGCGCGCAAAAGAGCCCCCGCAGUGGGCUGCAGAGGCGCGAUUUGGCAUUGUGCGCGGACUAUGGGGAGUCGCGCGGGAAUUGCGACGGUGUUGACCACGACGAUCGCGAGGAUCGCAUUCUCGGUGCGCCAACACACAAAUAUAGAGCUGAAAGGCAGGCAAAAUGACGAUCACGUGUAUUGAGCGCGCGAUCAUUAACGCGCUUUUGCGAGUGAGAAUUAAAAAUAGACGGCACGAGGCGACCACGAAUCAUUAGAUCAUUCAAAAUAAAUUAACACACGCUCAAUCCAUUAUUUCUGUCACACUUCGCCGCAAAGAAGGAUGAAUUCCUCCGCUAUCGCUGUGGGAACUCCAUCAUAUAUGCGCGAAAAUACAAUAUUAUAUGCCUCUCACAGUCUCUAAAGCCUUUUAGCUUUUCAAUAGCGCGCGCACAUUUUUUUCCCACCAACCUCUUUGCCUUUCAAAUCUCCCAUACUACUCGUGUGCUGUCAUGUGCUAGGAAGCCACAUGUACACACAAAAAAAGAGCAGACAAUUCACAUGAUCUAGCGCCAGACACCUCGCUCUCAACAGAGGUGAUCUUUAUUGCGUUUUUUUUUCUUCAACUCUCCUGCCUCCAUCGUGAAAAGGUGAAAAAAAGCAAUAUGAAAAAAAAUCCAUGAAACUUCAAAGAGAGCUUUUGUUGAUGAAAAUUUUUAGCCAAAUGAUCUUCGCGCAUGGUUUUUUGAGAGUCCGAAUCGAUCAUGCGGGUGAUCGUGCAGAGAGAAUUUGGGUAACACAAUGCGUGACAAAUUGCAGAUAAUUUGCCAAAGAGCUUUGACGCAUUUGGGCUGAGAUCACGUCCCAAAAAGAUAUUGCUUUUCUCUGUAUCAGCAAAAACAAAGAAAAAAUAAAAAGUUUGCCUCAAAACACGAAAUUGAGCUUCAAUUUGCCAUUUCUUACCUAGAACUUUUUUAUGCUUUUGCCUGUUCGAGGAAAAAAAUUCAAUGAAAAUUUUAUCAAGAUAAAAGAUAUUAAAUCUGACGUAAUAAUAGGGGAGAGAGGGGUAGAGAGAGGCGAUGAAUCAUAAUUCGUUCAAAUUAUUUUUGGAAAUGGAAGAAUAUGCAAAUAUGAAGAAUCUUAUUCAUUUACGAAACAGGAAUGUUUGGUUUCGCAAAAAAUGUUUUUUUGCAUUAAAUGCCGUAAAUCCCUGAAGUUUCGUUAGAUUGAUUUGCAAAUCGCUUUAAAUUGUAAUGUAUUCAAAUCAAACUGAUUAAGAUUGUUUCGCGAACCUUAUAAGUUUUUGGAAAACUAUGUAAGAUUAUUCUUAAAGCUAUAUUCAAUUCUAUGGAAUCUAUUAAAAUAGUUCAUGAAACAUUUUUUCUGAUGAUUCUUAUCCUAAAAAAAAGUUUCGUCAUUUGUUUAAUCGGUUUAAUCAUUUAAUGGUUUCGCGAGUUCCAGAAACAUUCCAAAAAUGUGAUUUUCUUAAAUUGAUUCAGGAAUCAUUUUAAAACCUUUCUCCAUGUCCUAAGAAUUUUUUUCGCCAUGUUCCAAAUUUCAGUUUCGCUGAAUCAAGAACAGUGUGUUUCGGGUGUUUCGUGAAUCACAUAAAUUCGCGGAUAUCAGAAACGUUGCAUAAAUUACCUCUUGGAAAUCAAUUUAAUGAAGAAAAGCCAGCUUAUUCGCCCCUUUUAGAAUAUAAAUGCAAUUUAAAUGCAUCGAAAGAGAUUAAAUUUCCUCCCUAAAGCCCCUAGAUGUAUGGGAAAAUUGCAAAUGUGCGGGUUUUGCGAUGAAAAUAGAGCUUUCGCAGUGAUGUCAGAGACAUAGAAUGAGAGCUGGAUGGGUAAUCAACGAAAGAUCAAUAGAUAUUUUUUUUUUCUCUGUAUGUGCACACGCCCAUGCAGAAUUAGCUGAAAAUAGCAAUUUGAGGAACGUGAUUUUCCCGCGCAAUUGAGAAGCCAUUGAGAAGCGCUCGAUCCCACGGACUCACCAGCAUUGUACACGUCUGGUCGUCAAGGAUGUUCCCAAAAUGGAUGAAUAAAGCUUUGAUGGGUGCUGCUGGCUAUUUUUGUGUGUCUGUGUGACAUCUCAAAGAGACGAAUCACCCACGCGAGAUGCUGAUGCUUCCCAACCACGUGUCCCUGCCCGCCUCGUCGCCACUGUAAUCGCCGAGGGGCAAUUUGCGCGAAAUUGCUGGCGAUCGCGCGAGGUGGCACUUAAGUGGUUGUGAUUGCAAUAAAAUGCGAAUCACCGCAUGAAAAUCGUCACGAAAACAUUUCGCGCGGACGCUCCGGUGUUAUAAGCGUAUGGACAUUUAUAUGGUGUGACAACGUGAAAUAUUGGUAUGGUUCGAAUACAGAAUGGUAUUAUAUUGGAGGGAGAGCGUGUGACUUUGAAAUGUUAAUCUUUAUACUUUUAUAUGCUCCUUCUUUACCAGCGAGUUUUGCGGCUUUUUUCUGCGCUUAUGUGUACAAUUCCCCUCCCCUCACCUAUUUCGGUAUGUUCUUUCACUCUUCACCUUUAAUAUUGUCAGUCGAUGUGAACGUGAGAAUUUUCUCAAUUGACAACAGGAGGUCUUUAUCUCGAUUGAGAUAAAUAUAUAUUUUUUGGAAUUUUUUCUUUCUUUCAAAAAAAAAAAAAAACUUCUGAGAAGCAAAAGCUGUGAAAAAAAAUUAAAAGCACAAAAAAUGUCCUAAAAUAACAUCCUGUAUUUAAUUUAUAUUUUACAAAAGAAAAAAUGCGACAUAGGUGACGUUGUCAGGUGCAUGACAUAAGGUAUUUUGAAAUGUAAAUUAAUGCAAUGUCACCUAUAAAUUGUCAAAAGUACCUAGCAACGACAUCUAUUGAGUGCAUCCAUCUCGCAAAUACAAUGUAAAUUUUGUUUUAUCAACAGAAUAUUCUUUGUUUAGUUUCAUACUAAAAAAUUAUGAGAAUAUUUUUAUUCUUAAUUUUUUUUUACAUUUAUAUAAUUUUUAGUUCCCAUCGUAAGAUUUAUACAUUGUAUAAUGCAAAACAUUAUUAUUUCGAUAAGAUUGUAAUCUUUAAGUUAUUUGUAUGUAAAAUAAAUAUAUAUUUUAAAAUUAAAAAAACGUAAGUGAUAGGAUUUUUUUUUGUAUAAGCUGAUAAAAUAACAACAAGAAAUGUGUAAUAAGUUUGAAUUUACCCUGUAAAUAUUAGCAUGCAAAAUGAGCAAAAAGCAAAACAUUUAAUGUUUAGCACUCACAUGGAGAAUGCAAGGAAAAUAAUAUGUAUACCCUCUAACGACUUAAUCACAAAGGUCUUCCAAUUGUAAGAUGGGAUCAUGAAAUGAGCAAAAAAAAACAGCAGAAAUGGAACAAAAAUAGCUAAUUAAAUGAAAUUAUUUCAUAAAAAUCCGAAUGAAAAAACCACGGACAUGUGUGCAUGAGAAACAUGUGAGAGUCAUUGAAUAAAAUACAGAGAUUAUCUGGUGGAAAAA